AUGUUGAUCUUUGGUUACAUGUUAUUACGAGUGGGCGGUCACUUGCCAGAAUCGAUAGGGAGCCUAAACGAAAAGCAUCGGACAAGGUUUCCACGUUUGAAGUUUACUGAGUCGCAUAAUUGGGCAAAAGAAGUUUCAGAGCUGAAUCAAGAAGCAGAUCCAGACCGCGUUAACCAGCUAUAUCCUGAAAACUUCAUUAUCAGUGACACUCUCCACAAUCUGAUUUUGCUGAUAACGCGAGACUUUGUAGAGUCGUGGUAUACGCGGAUCACCCCCGACAAGAGAUUUCUAAUUGAGGUCCAGGUGCAAAUAGGCAAUGUUGUUACUCAAUUGCAGCAGAGACUGAGCGAGAUAGAUUUGACAGAAACACUAGUCUAUCGUGUCCUGCCAUUGAUCACAGACCACUACACGAAUUUUGUCACUGCACAAGAGGUUGUGAAGAACAAGAAGCUCGGUACCAUUAGAUCCUUCACCAAUACAUGGGACCUUGACAAAAUCGUUGCAUCUUGCUACAAUAAGGGAAAAUUGCAUCCGGCGAUCAAGCUGAAAAGCGUUGACCCCGGAGACGACAUACAAAGAUGGCUCUCACAACAGAUAUCCAAGGUUCUCCCGCUGAUAGUCGAUGAAAAGGAAAUAGAGUCUCCUCCAAUAUUCCUGCUUCUUAGAGAGAUCUUGGAGAAAUGCGUAUUUUUCCAGAUCGUGGAGAUGCUUUCUGACCCCGACUUCUACAACCAGCUUGUGGAAAAGAGUCUUGGAAAUGCUAUGAAGGACCGUUUGAACGUUAAGCGGUUUCGUAGCGCGCUCAGUAAACAUAGCGUUGAGAAUCUCAAAAAUUCGCGCUCACUGAUUUCAAGAGGAAGAUUAAAUCCAACAAGCGAUGCAGCCAAAUUCCAGCGUAUAUUGCGUGAAAUCAACAAGACCCAGUCUGUGGCAGACCUAAAACAGUACAAGUACUACGUGACUCUACAAUUGAAUAAAGCAAGUCGUGGCGAAAACACCAACAACCAGCAGUACAAAGAGAGACUUGCUACCCUACGCAGCGCGACCGAUAAACGUCUCUUAUCAUUGCUAAAAUCAUCAUCUACUUUUGCAGAACAAGAACCAAAUGUCAAUGCCAACUUGGACAUCACUUUUGCUGAGAUACUAAAUAGUCCUGCAAAACUGUCCGUGUUCACAGAAUUUAUGGAACAGAGACGACGCACCCCUUUGCUCAAGUUGUGGCUUGUGGCUGAAGGACUGAGAAAUCCAUUGGAGGACAAUCACGAUCUCUCGGACGAAGACAGCGGCGAAAACGAGUCUGACCUAGAAUACUCUAUGACGAUGUCUCAGGGUGACGACAUACGUCAAAUAUUCGAGGAAUUCUUUGAAAGUCCGAUUUUGAAGAUAGACUCUAAAUGCUAUUUCAACGUUGCUCAAUUUGUGAAAACAGAACCUGCGGAUCCUAUACUUUAUUACAAAGCUCGCAAAUCUCUAUUCAAGCUACAGAACGAGGUAUAUCAGAGAAUGCAGAAAACCGAUUACUUGGCUUUCAAGCAAUCUGAUCUUUACUUGCGACUAAUUGCAGCGGAAGAACAACCAAAAAGCGAAGGCAUAGAAAUCGACGAAGACGAGACCAAUGGCGAUCCACUGGCAGAUUAUGAAGAGACUGGGAACGAGGAGCAAAAAGUGAGCGAUGCUGUUCUUCGUGCGGUUGAGGAUGUACUCGCUGACUUGGCAGAUGAAAAGCAAGAAAGACCGAGUUUGUAUCAAUUCAACUCCGGUUUUUCAUCCUCAGAAGACCUGUCGGAGACUCCGUCAGGUACAAGCACUCCUCGCGUGUCGCGGCUUCUGAGCAAGGACGUCCAACGCGACCUUUUCGGGGAGGAUGUGGAGACAAAUGGAUUGUUCGACAACAACGGUGAACUAUCAGAGGAUAAAGACUCAACAAAAUCGAUGAAGAUUUUUGACGAUGACGAGAGCGACACCUUCUUGGACGAUGAUAUGACCAUGUCAUCAUCUCAAGAGCUGCGGCUGGCUGCCCCUGGAAAUCUUAAUCUGGGCGACGAGAUUGAAAAGCUGGGAGCGGAAGUUGAUAAACUGGAACAGCAGUUACGCAUUAUAGAGCCACUUUUAAACAAGGCAGAGCUGACCAACAACGUCUCCGAAUUGAAGAUCCUGAAAAAGACUCAAGCAGGACUCAAAAAAGAGCUGCAACUGAAGGAGUUGCAGAAGCAACAAUACAUUGUCCAAGAAAGCGACAACACACUCUAUGGGAAGAGUAACGUGCGAAUUCAAUCAUACCUCAAUGGAUUUGAAGAUGGAAAAGAAUGCAUUAUGUACAUAAUUGAGGUGCAAAAGCUGACAGCUGAUAACACCGUGAUUGCAGGCUGGAUGGUUGCAAGACGAUUCAGCCAGUUCUUCAAAUUGAAUAAUUAUCUGAGGAGCAAGUACGCUGGAGUUGGAGAUCUGGAAUUUCCCAAGCGUAAGGUUGUUCUCAAAUUUCAGCAGCGAUCAUUGAUCGUUGAGCGACAGCGAAAACUUGAGCGCUACCUGCAAUCACUGAUUGAAAACCGCGAAGUUUGCCAGGACAGAGUCUUCCGCAGCUUCCUGUCUUCGGAACUAUUCGACAUCAAUCCGGACGACUCGCGUCAGAGACUUGGAAAGCUAGGCAACCCUGGGAAAAGUGCAGUGAAUAUGGCCUCAAAAUUGUACAACAACAUAUCUAACCAGUGGCAGCUGCAAAACAAGGCCCCUGCGAAUGAUGUUGACAAUAAGCCAACUUUGGAGAUGCAAAAAGAGCUAUCUAGCUUGGAUGACAACCUCGAAGGACAGGAAGCAAAAUUCUCCUCAUUUGUGAGACCUAUCAGCGACUUCCUGAUCGCCGUCUUCUGGCUCAAGAACUCUAAGGCCUGGCUACGGGGCCGGGCUAUCGUGCUAGUUUUGCAGCAACUGUUAGGCUCCACAAUCGAGAAAAUGGUGAGAGUCAGCAUUGAUGGGAGGUUCAAGGACUCUUCAACUGUGGCCGGUAUCCUUACCAUGUUGCAAGACUCCCUGUGGCCAAAUGGGUCGUUCCGAAAGUCAGGAACUCCUAGAACCUUAUUGGAGAAAUCCAAGACCAAACAGCAUGCUAAAAGGAUCUUGGAAUUUUUCAUCAUUGAUACUUGUUCCAAGAUUUUUGGAGCGUCCAACUCCAGAUUGGCUGCAGAGACAACGUUUCAAAUUCUGCAAAACCAAACACUAAACAGACACCUGGUUCUAACGAUCCUACAGGAGGUUUUGGAAACGAUAUUUCCAGAGAUUGAAAGAUGA